AUGGCACUGGACACUGAGUUUGGUGUGAAGGGCAGCAGCAUCAUCAGGGAGUGGAGCGGACAGGUCCAGCCUGCUCUGGUUGCCUCCUUCGUCUUCCUCUUCUGUCUGGAAGCCUGUCUCUGGGUCAGGAACCUCCGGCUCAAGAGGAGGCUGCCGGGACCCUUCGCCUGGCCCGUGGUGGGCAACGCCAUGCAGCUGGGCCAGAUGCCCCACAUCACCUUCGCCAAGCUGGCCAAAAAGUACGGCAACGUGUACCAGAUACGGCUCGGCUGCAGUGAUAUCGUGGUCCUGAAUGGGGACAGGGCGAUCCGUCAGGCUCUGAUACAGCACAGCACAGAGUUUGCAGGCAGACCCAACUUUGUCUCUUUCCAGAUGAUCUCUGGAGGCAGAAGUAUGACAUUUACUAAUUACAGCAAACAGUGGAAAGUGCACAGGAAAAUAGCUCAGUCCAGCCUCAGAGCCUUUUCCUCUGCAAACAGUCAGACCAAAAAAGCCUUUGAGCAGCACAUUACAGCCGAGGCCAUGGAACUGGUGCAGGCAUUUUUGCGCCACAGCACUGAUGGACGGUAUUUUGACCCUUCUCAUGAAUUUACAGUAGCUGCUGCGAACGUCAUGUGCGCUCUGUGCUUUGGGAAGCGAUACGGACAUGAGGACCUGGAGUUCAGGACCCUGCUAAAAAAGGUGGACAAGUUUGGAGAGACAGUAGGGGCUGGCAGCUUGGUAGAUGUCAUGCCCUGGCUCCAGUCCUUCCCUAACCCAGUCCGCAGUGUCUAUGAAAACUUCAAAAACCUCAACGAGGAGUUUUUCACCUUUGUGAAAGAUAAAGUGGUGCAGCACAGAGAAUCCUUUAACCCCGACGUGACCCGGGACAUGAGCGACGCCAUCAUCAAUGUGAUCGAGCACGGGAAGGACAGCGGGCUGACCAAAGACUUUGUGGAAGCAACAAUCACAGAUCUAAUCGGAGCAGGUCAAGACACGGUGUCAACUGUCAUGCAGUGGAUCGUCCUGCUCCUGGCCAAACAUCCUGACGUGCAAGCCAAGAUGCAGGAGCUCAUCGACAAAGUAGUGGGUCAGGACAGACUGCCGUCGAUAGAGGACAGGAGCAGCCUGGCCUACCUGGACGCCUUCAUCUACGAGACCAUGCGCUUCACCAGCUUCGUCCCCGUCACCAUCCCGCACUCCACAACCUCCAACGUCACCAUCGAAGGUCUCCACAUCCCCAAAGACACGGUGGUCUUCAUCAACCAGUGGUCCGUCAACCAUGACCCCCUGAAGUGGAAGGAUCCACAUAUCUUUGACCCCUCACGCUUCCUGGAUGAAAAUGGGGCCCUCGAUAAGGACAUAACCAACAGCGUGAUGAUCUUUUCAACAGGUAAGAGACGCUGUAUCGGCAACCAGAUCGCCAAGGUGGAAGUGUUUUUAUUCACUGCCAUCCUGCUGCACCAGUGCAGCCUCGAGAGCGACCCCUCUGAGCCCCUCACCCUUGACUGCUCCUACGGGCUCACACUGAAGCCCCUGCGACUCUGUGUCAGCGCCAAGCUCAGGGGAAAGCUGCUUGGCUUAGUUUCUCCAGCAUGAACAGCAUGUCCCAAUACUGUGACUCCAGGCCAGCAAACACUUUUCCACCAAUGACAUUUAACAGUGAGUGUCCACAUACAGUACCUGCACUAAAUCCUACUGUUGCGAGAGUUUCAUAUUUAAUACUGAUAUUUAAAGGAUAUCUUUACUGACUGGCUGUAUAGGAAGUAUUGUUGGUGCAGGGAUAAGAAUAUAAUAUCAAAGGUGUCGUGUCAGCUACAGGUAGAAUUCAAGGUUGUGGACUGCUGGGAUCAGGACAAAGGUAUUACAUUUCUGCUUCACAAAAUACUCUGUACUUGAUCAGAUUUUGUACAUAAUCCUGAGUUGUGUGCUUAUUUUGCAUCCACUAUUGAGCAUGUACAUGUAUGGUGUGUGGGCAGGAAUUAGCUUCUUUCUUUAAAUGUCAAUUUAAACUAAUAUAACUGUAUAUGGAAUGCUUGUGAAUGUUACAAAGUCACCUGAUGACUUAUUGUUCUCAACUGUAAUAUGUAAGAAUAUAUUUAACCUUUGCCACAUAAAGCAGUUAUAAGAUAUUUUUUUAUAAUUUCAUAUUUCAGGUAUGACGACAAGUGUAAUGAAAUUUAAUGUAUUUCACUAUCUACUGUACUCAAAGCGUAUGAACACAUUAAACAAAGAAUGCUGAUCAAAGUGUGAGAAGAAAAGGGCUGGCAUGUUUGUGAGGGAGGAAGUCUUUCAUCAAGGAGCAUCCAUCACAGUCUUGAGGAUGAAGAGGAGACAUUGCCGUGAACCGUGAAGACGUCACAAACUUUAUGCACCCAGGGCUCAGUUUUACUGUACAGGCACUGCCGCGACCCAGCGCCAGACACACAAGUCUCACCAGUGCAACGAAAACACAUGUGCGGCAAAUUUCUGUCACUCGCGAGGCAUUCUCGAAAACAUGUUUGUUUACAAAGCAACCUUUUCAAAGCUACAUGGAUGUCACUGCACUCUCUUUAAGCCUCUGCAUUCAGGAAUUGAUGUUACAGUACCCAGGGCAUGUGUUUCUCUGUCGGUGUCAAGGCAACAAAUUAAACUCAGUCGGCCUCGAAUGCUCAAGCAUUCAUCAUAGAGGGUACUUUAUCAAUGUGUUGGCUUUAUAUGAUGGAAAAAUAAGCUAUAUCUGAAAUGAAUAAAGUGAA